CACCACCAUGGCGCAACUCGACACGCUCGACAUCAUCGUGCUCGCCGCCCUCCUCCUCGGGACCGUCGCCUACUUCACCAAGGGCACCUACUGGGCCGUCUAUGGGGACCCCUACGGCAAUUCGCUGGCCACCGGCAAUGGCGCGGCGAAGGCGGGCAAGUCCCGGAACAUAAUAGAGAAAAUGGAGGAGUCGGACAAGAACUGCGUGGUCUUCUACGGCAGCCAGACGGGCACCGCCGAGGACUAUGCCUCCCGCUUGGCCAAGGAGGGACACUCGCGCUUCGGACUGAACACCAUGGUCGCCGACCUGGAGGACUACGACUAUGACAAUCUCGACAAGUUCCCGGAGGACAAGCUUGCCGUAUUCGUGCUUGCCACCUACGGCGAGGGCGAGCCCACGGACAACGCCGUCGAGUUCUACGAGUUCAUAGGUUCCGAAGACAUCACCUUCAGCGAGGGUGGCACUGCCGACGACAAGCCCCUCGGCGUCCUCAAGUACGUCGCGUUCGGUCUAGGAAACAACACGUACGAGCACUACAAUUCCAUGGUUCGCAAUGUGGACAAGUUCUUGACCAAGCUGGGAGCGACCAGGCUUGGGGCUGCGGGCGAGGGUGACGAUGGUGCCGGUACCAUGGAGGAAGAUUUCCUUGCAUGGAAGGAGCCCAUGUGGGCCUCUGUUUGCGAGAGCAUGGGUUUGGAGGAGCGCGAGGCCGUCUACGAGCCUGUGUUCGAGAUCACAGACAAGCCGGAGCUGAGCGCCGAAGAUGACACAGUGUACCUUGGUGAGCCCAACAAGAACCACCUCGAGGGCGCGCAGAAGGGUCCGUACAACGCCAACAACCCCUUCAUUGCCCCUAUCCUGGAGUCUUCCGAGCUUUUCAACGCACGCGACAGGAACUGCCUCCACAUGGAAAUCGGUAUCAAUGGAUCCAAUCUGUCCUACACGACUGGCGACCACAUCGCUAUCUGGCCCACGAAUGCCGGCAAGGAGGUGGAUCGCUUCUUGAAUAUCCUCGGCCUUGGUGAGAAGCGUCACACCGUCAUUACCGUCAAGGGCCUGGAUCCCACGGCAAAGGUCCCCUUCCCGUCGCCAACCACCUACGAUGCUGUGGUUCGCUACCACAUGGAAAUAUGUGCGCCCGUCUCCCGUCAGUUCGUGUCGGCCAUUGCGCAAUUCUCUCCCAACGAUGAUAUCAAGGCCGAAAUGGUCAAGCUCGGAAGCGAGAAGGACUAUUUCCACGAGAAAGUAACCGAUCGCAACCUCAACCUUGCGCAGCUGCUCGAGAUCGUUUCCAAGGGCGAGCCAUGGUCUAAGAUUCCCUUCUCCCUCAUGAUUGAAGGCCUGCUCAAAAUCCAACCUCGUUAUUACUCCAUCUCCUCGUCCUCCUUCGUCCAGAAAGACAAGAUCUCCAUUACGGCCGUCGUCGAGUCUAUGCAUAAGGAGGGAGCUCCGCACAUUCUGAAGGGCGUUACCACUAACUACCUCCUGUCAUUGAAGCAAAAGCAGCAUGGCGACCCAACCCCAGACCCUCACGGCCUCGACUACGCCAUUACCGGGCCGCGCAAUAAGUACGACGGUAUCCACGUGCCUAUCCACGUCCGUCAUUCCAACUUCAAACUUCCUUCAGACCCCUCAAAACCCGUCAUCAUGGUCGGUCCAGGAACUGGUGUCGCCCCGUUCCGCGCCUUCGUCCAAGAGCGAGCCGCGCUCGCCAAGUCAGGCCAGAAUGUCGGCAAAACAGUAUUAUUCUUUGGGUGCAGAAAGAGAGAAGAGGAUUUCCUUUACCAGCACGAGUGGGCUGAAUACAAGGAGAUCCUUGGCGACAACUUUGAACUGCACACCGCCUUCUCUCGAGAUGGGCCGCAGAAAGUUUACGUCCAGCACAGGAUGGAGGAGUAUGGCGAGGAGAUCAACAAGCUCCUGGAACAGAAAGCCUACUUCUACGUCUGCGGCGACGCAUCGAACAUGGCUCGCGAGGUCAACUCCCUCCUGGGCAAGCUCAUCGCGAAGUACCGAAACGUGUCAGAAACGAAAGGCGAAGAGAUCGUGAAGGCGAUGAGAGCGUCGAACCAGUACCAAGAGGACGUCUGGAGUUGAGCUUCAUUGUACAUACAUCUUUCCAGCAUUUACGGUCAUGUGGGUCUAGAAUGGAGCGUCGGCGUUUGCUUACUAUACUGUCCGUCGCCUGAGUGGGAGAAGACUUUGAAAUUGGCGUCUGCACCUUCAACCUCUUCAAAGCUUUCUAAGGCCCCUACGCUGCAUAGCGUGCCUGUAAUUCUUUGCCUCUUCACUCUACCGGUAGAUAGACACCAGCCAGUUGGACAAUAUUUAGCGAUAUGAAAUUGUGCAGGGCUGGUGCGCAAACUAAUGCUGUG